UUAGGACUCGAUUCUUACAAAGUGGGACGGAGAGCGCAUGAGGUUUCGGCCUUUGCACUCUUCCGUCGCCGCCGCCGCCGCCUACAAACCUCACCCCAAGGCCCGCCUUCUCCGCCGCCUAAACCCUAUCUCGUCCAUGGCCGCCGACCCCCCGCCGCCGCAACUCGAGUCCGAGGAGGACCCUGACGAGCGCUUCUGCGCUGCCCUCGACCUCUGCUCCUUCUCCGACCCGCCCCCGCUGUCGCCGACGGAGCCCAUCGGCCGCCCGCUGAGCGGGGAGAUCCGGGUCGACCGGGCCUGGGCCCACUGGAAUCGGCUGGGCUCUCCCAAGCUCGUAGUCGCGCCCAUGGUGGACAACUCCGAGCUGCCGUUCCGGAUGCUCUGUAGGAAGUACGGCGCCGAGGCCGCCUACACGCCGAUGCUCCACUCGAGGAUCUUCUCCGAGACUGAGAAGUACCGGAGCAUGGAAUUCACCACCUGCAAGGAGGAUCGCCCUCUCUUUGUGCAAUUCUGUGCGAAUGAUCCUGAUGUUCUUCUGGAAGCAGCAAAAAUGGUCGAGCCUUAUUGUGAUUAUGUGGACAUAAACCUUGGAUGUCCACAGCGGAUUGCCAGGCGAGGGAACUAUGGAGCUUUCCUCAUGGAUAACCUCCCUCUCAUAAAAGCACUUGUCCAGAAGCUGUCACAAAAUCUUCAAGUUCCAGUUUCAUGUAAGAUUAGAAUAUUCCCAAACCUACAAGACACCAUAGUAUAUGCCAGGAUGCUUGAAGAGGCUGGUUGUGCUCUCCUAGCUGUUCAUGGCCGGACUAGAGAUGAGAAGGAUGGGAAGAAAUUCCGAGCUGAUUGGAAUGCCAUCAAGGCUGUGAAAGAUGCCAUUGGGAUACCUGUGCUCGCCAAUGGAAACAUACGUCACAUGGAAGAUGUUUACAACUGUUUGGACCACACAGGUGCUGAUGGGGUUCUAUCAGCUGAGUCUCUUCUCGAAAAUCCAGCUUUAUUUGCUGGAUUCAGGACAAUGGAACCAAAAGAAAAUAACGCAGAUGAGAUUAAGGACAAUGGGGGAUUGGACCAGGCAGAUCUGGUAGUGGAGUAUUUGAAGUUCUGUGAACAGUAUCCAGUGCCAUGGCGAAUGAUUCGCUCCCAUGUCCACAAGAUGUUAGGGGAUUGGUUCAGGAUACAUCCUCAAGUAAGAGAGGAACUUAAUGCUCAGUCAAAACUGACCUUUGAGUGGCUCCAUGAUAUGGUGACGAGACUCAAAGAACUUGGUGGAGGAAUCCCACUUUACACAGAGGAGGCUAAUACUGCCGCGAGAGCUGCGACAUGCAAUUCUUGAUUCUCUGAUGAUUACAAGUCACAUGUAUUUUUGGUCAUUCAAAUACCCAUGCAAGGAACAUGUACGAGUGUCAGCAAUUGCUUGGCUACUUGCUGGUGUCAUUCUUAUCUUUUCCAGUCAAAACACUGUGACCUCCCAGGAUGAGACCCAAAAGUGGUCUUUAUGCUUCAGAAGAGUGAUGAUGAUUAUUAAUGUAUCUUAUUAAUUUUGAGGUGACAGCAGAUGAUAUGCUGAAUCCA